UCAUAAUGCAGAACUACCUGGCACAACUAUCCUUGCAUGCGUCAACAAAUCUAGGCACACAAUGACUGCUACACUUGGACAAAAACAACUAGAUGAUUAUUGUCAGUGUAGUAAACAAAGAAUGAGCUAAAGUCCUCAAGGAUAGCAUUUUUUUUUUUUAAAUUCGGCAAUCCCAAGGCAGGACCGUGGGCAACUGGUUAGUACCUCCACGUCAGAGUUCAGAGGGCAUGGGUUCCAAACCGAGCUCCUGCCUUUCUGUGUUACGUGAGUUGUAUAUUCUCCCCGUGCCCGUGUGGGUUUUCUCCGAUUACUCCAGUUCCCUCUAACAAACAUGCACGGUAGGUUGAUUGAAGACAGAAAAUUGUCCAUAGGCGUGAUUGGGAAAGAUUGUUUUUUUUCUAUAUGUGCCCUCGCGAUUGGUUGGCGACCAGUUCAGGAUGUACCCGCCCUCUCGGUUAGAUUCAGCUGGGACAGGCUCCAGGAAACCACGACCAUAGUGAGGAUAAGCGUUCCGAGAAUGGAUGGAUGGCUAAAGCCAUACCAGUGAUGUAGUGGUACUCAAAUGUGCAUGGAGGCUGAAGUGUUUAUUUCUGAACUCGUUGAAACUAUGCGCCCAGGACUAAAUCAUGAGUACUUGCAUUUAUGCUCGCACGUUAACCUGCCGUCCAGUAUGACUUCACUUGCAUUGAUGAGAUUUUUACAAUGUCUUUUAAAUUUGUUGUUACAUUUUUCAUUAUAAGCCAUAAUGUUUUGCACUGUGAUUCCUCCUGUUAUUUCUUUAUCCUGUAUGUUGCAGUGUUUGUUUAUGUGAGGAUUAUGGUGGAUGAAAGUGAAAACUGCAGUGCCCAUGUGCUUUUGUGUGUGUGUGUGUGUGUGUGUCUGUGUGUGUGUGUGUGUGUGUGUGUGAGGGUGUGUGUGUGUGUGAGGGUGUGGGUGUGGGUGUACGUCAUGUUUUUGUGUGUGUGUUUUAAUGCUGUCUUCUUUUCCAGUGGUAUUUGCAAAAGCGGGUUAAACAUCGAGCAGCCUGUUGAUUGUGAAAGGGCAUUGUUGUGGUGUGGCUGCAGGCUACGGCUGGGGGGACCCUGGCAAUGUGGGAGAAGAGACAGUAAAGGUGGAACUAUGGCUGUGAUCCUGGACCUCUCUUACGCCUAUUCCAUUAUCAUCUCCGCCGUGGUUGCCAUUAUCUACACGCUCUUGGGAGGGCUUUACUCUGUGGCUUAUACAGAUGUGAUCCAGCUCAUCCUCAUCUUCAUCAGCCUGUGGGUGUGUGUCCCCUUCCUGUUGACCAACCCUCACUCCUUGGACAUUUCGCUGACGGCCUACAACCAGUCCUACCAGGCUCCCUGGGUUGGCACGGUGAGCCUGGACGAAGCCGGCAAGUGGUUUGACGACUUCAUGCUCCUGGCUCUCGGUGGUCUGGCCUACCAAGCGUUCUACCAGAGGAUCCUGGCAGCCUCAUCUUACACCCAGGCUCAAAUGACCUGCUUUGCCUCCUCGGCCUUCUGCCUGGUGCUGGGUAUCCCUUCGAUCCUCGUGGGAGCUGUGGCUGCAUCUACUGAUUGGAACUCGACGCUCUACGGACUGCCGACUCCAUAUGAGCGCGGCGAAGCAGGUUCUAUCCUCCCGAUCGCCCUGCAGUUCCUCACACCCACCUACGUGUCGAUCAUCGGGAUCGGAGCCGUAGCUGCCGCUGUCAUGUCCUCCAUGGACUCGGCCCUGCUGUCUUCCGCGUCGUUGUUCUCGUCCAAUAUCUACAAGAACAUAAUCCGGAAGCAGGCGUCAGACCGUGAGAUGCAGUGGGUGAUCCGUAUCUCGGUGGUGGUCGUCGGGUUGGCCGGCGCCGGCCUCACCUUCUUGGACAGCAGCGUGCUGGUGUUCUGGCUCGUGGGCGUGGACAUGUCCUACACCAUCAUGUUCCCUCAGCUGGUCUGCGUCCUCUUCUUCAAGAAGUCAAACGGCUACGGGGCCACUUUUGGCUUCCUGAUGGGAAUCACGUUGAGAAUCCUGAGCGGGGAGCCGCUCGUCAGCCUGCCGCCCAUCAUCCACUUUCCCAACUGCCGGCUGAACGCCGAGGGCAAGCUCACUCAGUUCUUCCCCUUCCGCACAGUCAUCAUGUUCGGCUCGCUGGCCACCAUCGUGUUCGUCUCGUGGGUGACGGACCAAAUUUUCAACAGAGGGCUUUUGCCUGAGAAGUGGGAUGUGUACAAGGUCAAAGCCAAGCAAAACAAGCCCGCCGAACAGAGGACCCGUGAAGACAACGAAGAGCUCUCCGUAUCCAAGCAGCUACUGGACACCACCACCACCACCAGCUGCUGAGGGGCCUCGCACGCAAAAGAUGGGCCGUGACGGGAGGCGGACGCGCUCGUCUGCCGGGCCAGCAGUUGGCAGAGGGCCAUUAACAACAGGGGCUUCACACUGUCAAGAGAAUCUGGACAGAAUCGGUGAAUUUGCGUCACAUACUGUACAGACCCACAUUGGCGUGAUGUCCCUGGAGUCCUCUGGCACCCAUCUUUAUUUUCAGCUUCCUUCUAAAACGAAUAAAACAAAACAAAACAACACCAAAAACCAAAAAAAAAAAAAAAAAAUGUAUAAAAUGUCAUCUUAGUUUGUGUAUGAUAGUACCCAUUAACCAGUAUAGCAUAUCGAAUGUGAUUUUAUUAAAAACAUCCAAUAAUAACUGAGCCUUAUCAGAUAAAUCACACAUCUCUGAAAUGGACACGAGUGCAGCCUUUUAAAAUCAUUUCCAUUUGGAAAAGAGAAGUAUUGGAAUUUAGAAAUUGUUUUAUUUUUCAUGGAUUUUGGAUUUGUACAGAUCUGUAGAAAGAUAUUUUAUCAUGCUCCUUUUUUUAAAAUUCAAAUGUCCCUUGAUAAAGUGCACAUGCAACACUUUUUUUUUGGCCGUCUGCACAAGAAAAAGGUAUAUUCAGUCCAACUGAAAAAUAAAUGGUUUAUAGUUCCACAUUGCAAUUUUACAGGUUCUACAGGUCUUCUUGUUACAUAUACCAGUCCAAAUUGUCACUCCAGAAAUAGAACUGCAAAAAAAAAAAAGGCAAUCUUCAUCACUAAAUCAAUUUCUUGUGGUAUUGCCGACACUUUUGUUUGCAUUCACACUCCAAACGAUUUUCAUGUAUACUGGCGCUGGCUCACAUCCGGAGAAACACUCGUACUUUACUGUACAACUUGUCAACAACCUCGCUGUUCCAACAUGUUGCAUUGUAGCCUUGUCAGCAUAAAACGGCAAGGUACCCUUAUUAAAAAAAAAAAAAAAGGAAAAAAAUGAAUUAAACUUGACUAGACUGUUCUUUGACAGUCUACGCAAUGAAAGCAUCACCAGUUAUGUGAACGCGUCUAUAAUGUGAAAAACGUCAUUCUCAAGCUGAAGCACUGUCAACAAAGCCGAGCCGGUUGGAAACCUCCCGUUGUAUUAUUUUUCAAAGCUGUGAUAAUGAGAGAAACCCCCCCACCCAAAUCCCAAACCAGGUUGUCCCACCCUGCCUGACUGCUCUCGGUCACAUUGCUGGCAGUGCAAUGUAAGCAAAUGCUAACACACGCAACCUGCAUCCAAGUGUGCAGAAACACUAUUGAAACAUUGUUUUGAUAUCUUUUAAGGAGAGAAUGAUGAUGAGCCUUCACUUGGUUUCAUCACUGUAUUGUUCUGCGCCUCCAACGAGGACAAUCUAAAGAAGCAUUUAUUGAAAUAUCACUGGACACUGGUCUCCCUUCACCUGUUGGCGUUGAUUCAAUCGAUACCGCAAAACGGGGUGAAUUGCUCGUGUCGUAGCUCAAGAGCUCAGCACAAGACUGAAAGUCAUUUCAAACAAAUUAACAGAUGCUCAAAAUCUAUUUUCCAAAUACUUGUAGAAUCAAAGCAGAACUCGUUGCAUGCAUCUUUUUUUUUUUUUUAAUAGAUGUGAGUUCUAAAUGUAUUAUACACUUGUACAGCCUAAUCACAAUUUGUACAUUGACUUAUUUUUAUAUCAAGGUGGAUUGCCAUGCGUUGUUAGUUUUAGAGGAACAACACAAAUGUGUAUUUAUAUCUCAAGUGAACAAUUGUCUCCGUAAAAAUUCAUCCUCGAUUUUAAUGGGAAAAAAAAAAUGAAUGUAGACCUGUUAUCACUUUAUGUUGAGAUUUGGCCUUUUAUGAUUGGCCUGCACUUUUCAGCAGCAGCGUUACGGCGUCACACGUCGUUGCGGCCAUCACGAUGAACACUGCUGCCAACGCACUACAUGCAACUUCCGAUAUUCAGCCAGCCGUCCCUACUGAGGGAAGAAUAUGCCUUAAUUGUGGAGUACAUGUGUGGCAUUUUGCAUUUAUUUGGUCAUUUUUAGGGCAGUCAUAUUCUAUUUCCGACGUUUUGAGUUUUCCAAAGGUCACCCGUUGACACCUUUAACUGGUUUUUAGUUUUUGAAUAAACAGCAAGCUCUGUUUUAGUUCUCCCUCCUUGUCUGUAUGUGGUUUUAUACUAUUAUGCAUGUCAGUUGUCAGUAUGUUUACUGAACUUUGGUGAAGGCUGUUCUCUCUUGCCGCUUGGCAAGGUCCUACUUUGUAAUCGAAUAAUGUAAAUCCCCAUGGGGUGAGCUUCUGUCAGAAUAAAAGCCGAUUUA